UACGAGAGCAUUGAAAAGGUAAGCCACUCAACGCAAACCACUUUUGCUCAAAAAACUCGAAAACCAACCAAACUCCGUAACACUUCCUUCACUGAUUGAGAAUCCACCACAAAAAAUAAACCAACCAUGGCAGCAGCAGCCAAAGUGAUGGCCGUCGCCAGUAACUCCACCGCCGCGGCCUCUUCCUGCUUGCUCCUUAAAGCGCCCUUCGCUUUGAAACGCGGCAGCAACGCUCUUACCUUCACCACCGGCAGACGAUUGUCGAAGAGGUUAUUUUCUUGCAAUGCCAUUUAUAACCCUCAGGUUCAGAUCAAACAAGAAGGCCAACCCGAAACCCUUGACUACAGAGUCUUCUUCGAAGAUUCGGGCAAAAGGGUUUCUCCUUGGCAUGGUAUUCCAUUGCAUUUGGGAGAUGGUGUUUUUAACUUCAUUGUUGAGAUACCCAAAGAAUCAAAUGCAAAAAUGGAGGUUGCUACCGAUGAGCUAUACACUCCCAUUAAGCAGGAUACAAAGAAGGGCAAGCUUCGAUAUUACCCGUAUAAUAUAAACUGGAAUUAUGGAUUGCUUCCACAAACAUGGGAAGACCCAUCUUUGGCAAACUCUGAAGUUGAAGGAGCAUUUGGUGACAAUGACCCUGUUGAUCUUGUUGAGAUUGGUGAAAGUCGGAGAAAGAUUGGUGACAUUCUGAAGGUUAAGCCCUUGGCUGCUUUAGCCAUGAUUGAUGAAGGGGAACUUGACUGGAAAAUAGUUGCCAUCUCAUUAGAUGAUCCAAGAGCUUCUCUUGUGAAUGAUGUCGAUGAUGUUGAGAAGCAUUUCCCGGGGACUCUCACUGCAAUCAGGGAUUGGUUUAGAGACUAUAAGAUCCCUGAUGGAAAACCAGCCAACAAGUUUGGUCUUGGCAACAAGGCGGCUAACAAGGACUAUGCACUCAAGGUCAUUACGGAGACUAACGAGUCUUGGGCUAAACUUGUCAAAAGAUCGAUUCCCGCUGGAGAGCUUUCACUUGGAUAAACGCUACCAGGGGCAUUAGAGCGGCAAUGCUGUCAAUUUCAAAUAAUCGUCUGAGAUUUUUUUUUUUUUUUGCCCUUUUGCAAGCAGGUCUUGGUAAUCUCAUUUAAGUUGAUACCAAUGUAUUUCUUUCUGCUUAUCAUUUGAGUAAAUUAGAGAACUCUUUUAAUUGGGGUAGCAUUUCUUAUUCAUAUGGUUGUUCUGAUGUGGAUAGGAACUGAAUUUUGUUGCCAAAUAUCACUUGUACGGGGAAACGAAGAAAACCCUGUUAAUUGCUCGAACUUGAUGACAUUUCCAUUUAAA